GAGGAGGAGGAGGAGCAGGAGGAGGAGGAGCAGCAGGAGCAGGAGGAGCAGGAGCAGCAGCAGCACGAGGAGCAGCACUUCACAACAUACCUGGAGGAGCGGGAGCGGCGGCGGUGAGGAGGACUCCCCCCUCACCAUGACGGACUUGGAGGCGGAGUGUCUGGGCCUGGGCCUGCCGCCGGAGUGCGGCUCGCCCCCCCCGCCCCUGGACCCCUGCGGCCCGGCGGGGGCCCGGUCCCUGGCCCGGUCCCUGGGGCUCCUCUCCUCGGACUGCCCCACGCCCACGCUCAGCUCACUGGCGGCGGAGAUCGCCGAGCCUCUGGUCAUGCUGCCGUGCGUGAAGAGCGAGCCGGAGGACCUGGACCUGGACCCCAUCCAGACCGUGGACCUGUCGGAGAUCCAGCCGCUGUCCACGGCCGAGCUGGGCCACGAGCAGAUCAAGAUGGAGAUCAGCGGCCUGGACUACAUCAAGUCAGAGCACCACGGCAGCCAGCAGCUCGGCCCCUUCCAUCCCGGAGACAUCAACGAGCUGGACUACAAGUCUCACUACGAGACCGGCUCCGUGUUCGACUACAUCUCCCAGGUCUCGGACACGCUGGAGUACAUCAAGUCGGACCACCACAUGGACCUGCAGUGCUACUACGCCACGGAGCUGACGGCGCUCCGGUCGGAGUACGGCGACCCCAGCGGCUUCCACCCCCACAUGCAGCACAACAGCCUGGAGUCCAUCCACAUGGCGGAGCUCCGCACCGAGCUCAACAAGCUGCGGCCCGACGCCUUGCUCAUGGACGGCGUCGUCAAGCCGGACCCCGACUUCGGCGGGGGGACGCUGUAUGAGCUGCAGUCCGCCGAGGGGGGGAAGAACUCCGCAGAGGCCGGUCCGGCCGGCAAGACCAAGAGCCCCACGGUGAGGAAACCCCGCAACAUGCAGGGCGAGAAGCCGUUCUCCUGCCCGCAGUGCGGCAAGAACUUCAGCACGCUGGGGAACCUGAAGACCCACCAGCGCAUCCACACGGGCGAGCGGCCCUACACCUGCACGCAGUGCGGCAAGAGCUUCGGCCAGGCCGGCAACCUCAAGCGCCACCAGCUGAUCCACACGGGCCAGAAGCCCUACGUGUGCGCCCACUGCCCCAAGGGCUUCACCAAGGCGGACGACCUGCGCUCGCACCAGCGGCUGCACACCGGCGAGCGGCCCUUCAUCUGCGGCACCUGCAGCCGCAGCUUCAGCCAGUCCAAGGAGCUGAAGGCGCACCAGCUGAGCCACACGGGCGAGCGGCCCUUCUGCUGCCCGCACUGCGGCAAGAGCUUCACCAAAGAGACCAGCUACCGCAACCACGUCCAGAUCCACACGGGCGAGAAGCCCUACACCUGCUCGCAGUGCGGCAAGACCUUCAGCAACUCGGGCGUCCUAAAGACUCACGAGAAGAUCCACUCGGGCGAGCGGCCGUUCGGCUGCACGCAGUGCGGCAAGAGCUUCGGCCGGCUGGGCCACCUGAAGGCGCACCAGCAGAUCCACACGGGCGAGCGGCCGUACGCCUGCCCGCACUGCGGCAAGACCUUCAGCCAGUCGGGCCACCUCAAGGCCCACGAGCAGAUCCACAAGCGGGAGCGGACCGACGCCGCCAGCACCAGCAGCGACUGCGGCAGCAACGGCGGCGGCAGCGACAGCAGCUAGGACUACAAAGUAUUACCCCCCCGUUUUUAUAAAUACUAUAUCUAAAAGUUUCUUUAUGAGUUUUCUUACAUUUUCAUACCUUUUUUGUGCUCUUUUUGCAUUUGAAACUGUGGGCGUGGACUGAACUAAACUGGAACCGAACCAGUACCUAUUUUUGGAGAACCCAGAACACAAACAAGCACAAAAACGCUGGAGAGAUUUUAUAUUUCACUUUUUUUACUGAAUCAGACCAGCAGCUCCGACGGGCGCCGGGACCGCCGGAACCGGACGGUUCCACCAGUCCAGAGCACCUCAACCGUUUACCGGGUACAGAGUUACCUCACUGACCCAGCCGGGGAGCAGGUUUCCAUCUACAGGGGUCAACAGAACCGGACAGACCCCCAAUUUAGAACCUGGAUCCGAGUCCCAGCCGGUCCUUCGGUGCCGCUGGCUCGUUGUCCAUUAGUCCAUUAGCUUGGAUGUUCUGGGAGCAUUUGGGGGGAGGGGGGGGGCAGUCGGGGGCCCAGCGGUUCCUGGCCCCUGUUGGGGCUAGCCGCCGUCCUGCCGGACCUGGGGCCUCAUUUAUAAAGCUUGUGUGCCACAAAACAGGGCUUGAAAAAUGCGCACACCACCUUCUACGCAAAGGUUGGGAUUUAAAAAAAAAAACUAACGGAAAAAUGUGCGUAUCUUUACGCAAACUUUGAUCCUAGCGCGCGAACAUUUUGAAGAUAUGGGGAACUAGCGACGCAGGUGAUGAGGUGGUGAAAUGAAGCCAGAUUCGUGUCAUACUUUUAAUGUUAUCACAUAUCAGACUUAUAAUAAUAUAAUAGCGCUGAUCGUGUCCCUCUGUGUUUGAAGCACAGCGUCAGUCAGGACACACCACUUCC